AUGAGGUCGGAUAGUGCUGAUCUUGGUUUGUUUGAUACCCCGCUUCCACAACCUGCCCUUCCGUCACAUGGUGACAUUUCCUCUGGAAACUGUCAAAGUGCCCGUCGAGUGUAUCGGCCCGUAUCGGAGGAGAGGCGGAAGUCGAGGGAGUAUCGCGUGUCACGGGAAAGGAAUAACAGAGCCGUGCAGCGUUGCCGAGCCAAUAACAAGGUCAAACAGGACUGUCUUGUCAUCAAGUCUGAGGGCUACCGCGCUUUGGCUGAAGAAUACAUAAAAGCUGCUCAUGAACUAGAGACUGAUCGCAAGCAGCUGGAGGAGUUGUUUCGGCUGUGCAUGGCCACGGGCCAGCAAACGAGGCAUCUCCAGGCGCUGUUGGGCACAGAGAGUGUGACGCGGACGGGCUUUGAGGAACGCGUGGAAGCCAUUCGACAGAGAUACGCAAGACGUGUACAGGCAAUGACUGAGGGACGCCAGACCGACACUCCCACCACCAUUUCUCCCCUCUCCUCCGCCUCGCCUCCUUCCUCCCUCUUCAGCCAGCCGUCUCUGGGGCCUAUGGAAUUGCAACCUGGACUUCCGUCUUCCCCCUUUUCAUAG